CUCAAACUAGUACCGUAUCUUCAGAGCGAGGUGAUUCCUGCAACAUGCAAGACCAAGUGUCUCAGCUUGCUUUUGUCACCAUAGCUGCAGUCAUGGAGCAAGCAUAUUUCUCCAUGCAAGUCAUAUGGGCACGCAGAAAGUACAAGAUCUCACCUCCAAACACAACAGGUCAUCCAAGAUUUGAUAGAAUUUUCCGGGCACAAUUAAACUGCUCAGAAUAUUUCCCGUUGUUCCUCUCUGCUUUGUGGGUAGCAGGAAUAUUUUUCCACCAGGGAUUUGCUGCUCUCUGCGGUCUACUCUAUUUAUACGCUCGCUACAAAUACUUCCAUGGUUAUGCAGAAUCUGCCCUGGGAAGGUUAGGACCAAUGUACAUCAGCUCAAGCUUCCUCUGGCUUCUUAUUGGAUUCUCUCUUCUCGGCCUGCUGGACUUUUUCUUACAUUCCUACUGCAGUGUCAGUAUUAGGACAAGCAUAUCCUGGAUACUGCUUUAAGAGGACCCAUCAUCUCUCCUGAUAUAUUUCAGUAACUACUUGUGUUCAUCAUGAAAUAACAAGUCUGGAGUUUUCCUUGAUACUUUUCAUUGCUCCUCUGUUAUUCCUCCUGACAUCCGAGUGUUACCAUUGACCACCACAGGUUUGUCUCCUUUCACAGUCAUACAAUGUCCGAUUGGAAAAAGUCCGAUUGUGCAGGGAUACAUUCUCACUUGGUAACAUCAAGUUGUCAUUUUAUUCAUACAUUUUUAGGAGGAACAACAGAAAAAUGGCACAAUGCAGAGGUCUAAAAAAAAAAAAAAAAUAAAAAAAAAAAAAAAUGAUAUUUUAUGGGGAAUACAAGUAUUUGUUAUAUAAGUAUUUGUUAAAACAGACAUGCCUGGAGUGGUGACAGAUUUAUCUUAUAGUAUAUGCAGUAUGAAGUAUAGACUUGUAUUUGACUUUUUGAACACAACUUUACAGUUGACACAUUUACAUAA